AUUCCUUUUCUCGUCCCUUUCCAUUCAGCCCACGAUACUAUGUCUAUAGCAUUCAUACGUCGACUAUCCGCCACUCGAAGCAAUGCAAUAGCACAAGCUAGGAAAUCGUCGGGAAAAUUUCGAUCUUGCUUCUGUAAACAUCGUUAUUAUGCCACUCUGUAUCAUUCACACCCUGCCAUUGCCACCAGCAAUAAUGUUGACAACGACCAGCAUCUACGAUGGAUCUUUGACGAUCCCAGUCUUUGGAAGCAUGAACAAAAGCUAUCUCAGGCAAAAAUAAAUCAACCUACGACAGGCCUUUUAGAACAUCCUCAUUUUACAAGCAUUGAAGGAAUUAAAUAUGCUACUCGUCAAGCUAUUCAACGUGCCCAAAUCAUUGUUGAACGUAUCUGCUAUGCUCCUCAAAACGGUCCUGAGGAGAUGCGCCGAAUUGUACGCCACUUGGACCGACUCUCAGAUACCUUAUGUAGUGUGAUUGACAUAUGCGAAUUUCUACGAAACGCCCAUCCUGACAAAGCAAUCAUGGAAGCAGCCAACCAAGCCUAUAGCGAUUUAUGCUCCUAUAUGAAUACACUUAAUGUUGAUACCCGUAUUUAUCAGGCAUUAUCCCUUGUAUUACAGAACAAGGAUAUCGUGAAAAACUUUUCUGCUGACGAAUAUGCAGCCGCUAUAGUGUUCCUGAAAGAUUUUGAAAAAUCAGGCAUACAUUUGCCAGAGCAACAACGGGAGCAGUUUGUUCAGCUUUCAGAUAAAAUCAUUCAGUUGGGAAGAGAGUUUAUUCAAAUGAACCCGAGAUCAGUUCAGCAUAUUAAAGUCCCCAAGACAGCAUUGAAUGGCUGGAUAUCUAAUACAGGAAUAAAAGGGUCAAAGAAAGAUUAUGUUUACGUGCCAACAGAUUCGUCGCAGUGUCUGAUGUUGUUGAAAUAUGCGCAAGACGAAGAAAUACGUAAAAUAGCUUAUCAAGCCAUGAAUUCUGCCACAGAUGAAAGUGUGAUGGUUUUGGAAGAAUUGCUGAAGACGAGAUUGGACCUUGCAAGACUAGUAGGAAAAGACUCCUAUGCAGAAUUGAACUUGCAAGAUAAAAUGGCCAAACAUCCGAAUAACGUAGAAGCAUUUUUGAAAACAUUACUGCGACAUCAGACACCUACUUUUGAAAGCGAUAUCCACUUAUUAAAAAGUUUGAAGCAACAAGAGCAGAAAAAAUCAGCGGUCAGCCUCAAAGCUUGGGAUCGCGACUACUAUAUUCAACUUUACAAUCAAAUCCACCAUACUGAAGCAUCUGCACCUUAUUUUUCAGUUGGCUCUGUCAUUCAGGGCCUAUCGCGUCUUUAUACCCAUCUUUACGGUGUUCAUUUUGAGCUCGUUUCUUUACAACCCGGUGAGUCUUGGCACAAUCAAGUUCGUAAGCUAGAUGUCAUUUGCGAACAAGAAGGCAAGAUAGGCACUAUCUACUGCGAUCUCUUUGCUCGCCCACAUAAAACCACCAAUGCGGCACAUUAUACUAUUCGAACUUCACGACGCGUAGAUUGGGAUGACGCUGAAAACGAUUUGAAAUAUGCUACCCCUUCCUACCGUCAGCAGCAGCAACAACAACUUGAUUAUGAUUCUUUAUUACCACCAGUGGAUACACAUCGUGCUGCAAGUAACAAGGGUAGUGGUGAAAAGUAUCAAUUACCCGUCAUUGCUUUAACGUGUGAUUUUGCCAAUAAUGGUAGAUUAUCUAUGUAUGAAGUAGAAACACUCUUUCAUGAAAUGGGGCAUGCAAUGCAUUCUAUGUUGGGGCGUACUGCUUUCCAUAAUGUAGCAGGAACGCGAUGUGCGUCCGACUUUGUUGAGCUUCCAUCGAUACUUAUGGAGCAUUUCGUAUGGCAUCCUCAAGUCCUUUCCCUCCUUCUGCCAAAAAAUACCGAGCCUCAACAAAAUCAUCAACAAUUGCUUGCUGUACAAGCUUUUUUAAAACAGCGUAAGCGAUUCAGCGGUAUUGAAGGAAAUAGUCAAAUCCUCAUGGCGCUUGUGGAUCAAGCCUAUCAUCACCAGCAUUAUCAGAGGCAACAUUUGGAUCAACCAGGUCAAACGAUCCAGAUCUGGCACCACUUACAAGAUGAAAUGGGACUUUUCCCUAGUGUACCGAAUACAAUGUGGCCUGUUCAAUUUGGUCACUUAUUUGGGUAUGGAUCCUACUACUAUUCAUAUCUCUUUGACCGCACAUUAGCAAAACGUAUCUGGGAAAAGAAUUUUAAGAGUCAGCCUUUAGAUAGAAAGAAAGGACAAGUGCUAAGAGAUGAACUGCUGAAAUGGGGAGGUGCAAAGGAUCCAUGGCAAUGUGUGGCAGAUGUACUGGGUGGAGAAGAUAAGGAUAGAAUUGCUCAAGGAGAUAAAAAUGCUAUGAAAACUGUAGGAGACUGGGGUAUUGAUGCCUAGUACAUUCCUUAUUUGAAUAACAAAAAGAGAAAAACAACAGCGCUUUUGUUGCAUGAACUGUUUGUAUUCAUGUAACAAAAAAAUAAAAACUAUAAUUCUUUCUUUUUCCCUGCCUU